AUGGGACGCAAGCCCACGCCGCAGCCGCUCAUGCUGGCGGAGCCCAAUAGCACCCUGGACCACGUUGCCGACGACGAGCCGACCUAUGCUGAAACGACGGCACAGGGGGCAUCGCCUGUGGCCUCCAGAUCGCCCGUCUCGCUGCGCUCCUCUCCCUUCAGCAGCAGGUUUGCACACAAGCGCCCACAGCCAGGGAGAUCUGCCCUCCAGCCUGCAGACGACGUCAACCACCGAUCCCAGUCCCCGCGCGACGACUCUGUUGCGCCGACAUACCACACAGUUUCCUCUGCCUUGGACUCGCCCCCCGUUUCGACUUCCCAGCACGCCGGCAGACACCACGGCGCCACUGAAUCAAAGAAGCCAGUCAAGUCAGGCUUCUUCCACUUCAACAAAUCCUCAAAGGGGUCCAAUCAGUUCCUCAUCCCUGCCAACCAGCAGCGCCACCAGGACUCGCGGGAACACUUGACUUCGUCGGGAAGCGACGGAGUGACAGUCCCCCGGCGCGGAGAUUCACCCUAUGCGCAUGACCCUCUCCACAAGCCCACAACCUCGUUUCACUCACGCUCCGAACUGUCGCUCUCCUCCGCCGGCGACCACGAACCGACUGCGACAUCGUCCCCGGGCAAGAAGAACAAGUCGAAUCCCUUUGGCCUCCUCGGUCGCACAAAGUCGACGCACGAGAUCAAGGGCCUCGGCAGCCCCAAGGCUGGGCCUGCGGCGCUUCACGCCCCAUCCUGCAAGACUGACUUGUACGAGUCUGCGCCUCUCAGAACUGCCCCUGUCGGCCAGGAUCGGACAUUCCGGGACAUGAUGUCCUCGACCGUGAGAAAUCGAUCGGAAGACCGGGUUCCAGGCCGAGACGCCGCUGCCGGAAAGGAGAGUCAUCGCGAUCGGGACCAGCGGGCCCUCUCCUCGUUGAGGGACAAUGGCGGAUCCAACUUUCUCAGUGGUCUGCGUAGCUCCUCGACAAAAGCUGCCGACAUGAUCAGCAAGGGACUGUUUGGGAAGAGCCCGCGGAGUGGCGGCACCUCGGAGAGGGAUUUCAACAUUGACGACGAGCACUACCUGCCCAAAGUCAUCAAUCUGCCCUUGGUAGAGCAAACGCGACUCACCCGCAUCUCGAAACGGCUCGAAGACUCGAAAGACAAGACGGAGUUUUGGAUGCCCGCGUUCCCGUGGAGGGCAAUCGACUACCUCAACUACAAGGGCUGUGACGUCGAAGGGCUCUAUCGCGUGCCUGGUAGCGGGCCGCAGGUCAAGAAAUGGCAAAGAAAGUUUGAUGAAGACUACGACGUGAACCUGUUCCAGCAAGACGGCCUCUAUGACAUCAACAUUAUCGGCUCGAUGCUGAAAGCAUGGCUGCGAGAACUGCCUGACGAGCUAUUCCCGAAAGAAGCCCAAGACCGAAUUGCCCGAGAAUGCGCAGGCUCAACCACCGUUCCACAGAUGCUCAUCGAUGAGCUGUCCGAGUUGUCUCCGUUCAACUACUACCUCCUCUUCGCGAUCACGUGCCACCUCAGCCUUCUCCUUGCCCAUUCCGACAAGAACAAGAUGGAUUUCCGAAAUCUGUGCAUCUGCUUCCAACCAUGCAUGAAGAUUGAUGCUUUCUGCUUCAAGUUUUUGGUGUGCGACUGGAGGGACUGCUGGAAAGGAUGCAAGAACGAGAAUAAGUACAUUGAGGAGGAAUACGCGCUCUUUGACCAGCCGCCACCCCGAGGGUUGUCUGAGCCUCGGCAACCCGGGAAGAACGAGAAGCACGAGGCACGUCAGGGCUCGUCCCCAGAGAGUGCCCAAAAGUCUUCAAGCGGUAGUGGCCAACGAAAAGGACGAUCGAAAAAGCAUCGCCACGGCGCUUCAGAGUCCAACGCGAGCAUCGGCUCCAAUGAGUCGUCGUUUUCGACGAACCCGAGCUCACAGAGCGAUCGCAUUGUGGCUGAUGGCUCCCGGGACCUCCGGCCUUUGUCGCCGAUCAAACCGUUGUCACCCCUCGGCUUCUAA